AUGUCUGCUUUGCAGCUUUUCACAUUUUUCUUUCUCCGUUUGAUUAUCUUUCUGCCCUUGGCGUCUCACUUGGUCAAUGCACAGGGCUUGACUGUAGGGUUUUACUCAAGUACAUGCCCUAAGGCAGAGGCCAUUGUUAGGGACACUGUUAAUAAGGCCAUGUCAGUGGCACCUACUCUUGCGGCCCCUUUGCUCAGAAUGCAUUUUCAUGACUGUUUUGUUAGGGGUUGUGAUGGCUCAGUGCUGUUAAAUUCUUCAAUCCGACAAGCUGAAAAAGAUGCAAUUCCAAAUCAAAGUCUGAGAGGAUUCCAAAUUAUAGAUAAAGUUAAGACUGCAUUAGAAAAAGCAUGCCCCGGGGUGGUUUCUUGUGCCGAUAUCCUAGCUCUUGUCGCUAGGGAUGCAAUGGUUGCGGUAAAAGGACCAUUUUGGGAAGUUGAAACUGGGCGAAGGGAUGGAAGAGUAUCCAACAUUACAGAAGCCUUGAGGAAUUUGAUACCACCAUUCGCAAAUAUAACGCAAAUGAAGUUGGGAUUUCAACAAAAGGGUCUAAGCGUAAAAGACCUAGUUGUACUAUUAGGUGGACACACCAUUGGGACUUCUCACUGUUUCGCCUUCUCAAGCCGCCUUUACAACUUCACUGGAAAAGGAGAUUCCGACCCUAGUUUGGAUUCCAACUACAUACCAAAGUUGAGAAGAAAAUGCAAGCCUGGAGAUGCGAAUUCUCUUGUGGAGAUGGAUCCAGGAAGUUUCAAGACAUUUGAUGAAAACUAUUACAAACUUGUGAGCAAAAGAAGGGGCCUUUUUCAAUCAGAUGCGGCUCUUCUUGAUGACAGUGAGACCAAAGCGUACGUUAAACUUCAAGCCACGACCCAUGGAUCAACAUUCUUCAAGGACUUUGGUGUGUCGAUGGUGAACAUGGGAAGGAUUGGAAUCCUCACUGGUAAUACAGGGGAAAUUCGAAAACAGUGUGCUAUGGUGAACUAA